GUUUAAAUUAGUUUGACACGAAAAAUGCUUAACCGAAAAGCUUUGGACUUAUCAGAGGGGAAAUUAAAGCGAAAAACGCUCUACUCCCAAUGGCUACAGUAGUGCCGCCUGAUGGGUGAUAAGUAAACUGACGAACAAAAACAUUUAAGCAGAUAACUUUUUCCUUGACUCUAUCUCUCAACAAUCUCUUAGGAAAUGGAACAAAUGGUUCAAGAGAAAACAUGCAAGUUCGUUUUAGAUGAAACUGUACGAUGAUACUAGGUUAGAAACCGGUCAAACUGGUUUUUUUCUCAUUUUUAUUUUGAAGUGUCAAAGUAAAAUAUCAUUACUGGCGGGAGAUAGGUAGUUUUCUUAACUGAAAAUGACAAGUAACCCAAAAAGAAUUAUCUGUCUUAGUGGGAAACGUAAGAGCGGCAAAGAUUAUAUUGCUGAACUUCUGCAUGCUACUCUAGUAAAGAGUGUCAUCAUCAGAAUAUCAGCUCCGAUAAAACAACAUUGGUCGGAAUCUAAGGGACUAGAUAUGGAUCAACUGAUGAGCGAUGGUGCUUAUAAAGAAAAAUAUAGAGCUGAAAUGAUAGUUUGGGGAGGAAAACGUGCUCAAGACCCCAAUUUUUUCUGCAGAUCUGCAAUUCAAAUGUUUAAUGGCAAUGACUUCCCUAUUUGGAUUGUAUCAGACUUAAGGAGAGAAACAGAUCUGAAAUUUUUCCGCAACCAAUAUUCUGAAUGUGUUACCUGUGUUAGAAUAUCUGCAUCAACUGAAGCAAGAGUGAAAAGAGGUUUUUUUAUUAUAGCUGUUAUAGAUGAUAGUGAAUCUGAAAAUGGACUAGACCACAUUCAAGACUGGGAUCUCUACAUAGAGAAUGACGGGGAUCCUUUGCUAUUGAAACGUCAGCUUGGACGUUUGAUCAAAAUUUGCGAAGAAUCGUGUUAAGUUCAACGUAUGCAUUUUCCAGCUUUGUUUAAACUGCCUACAUGUAGUGACCGCGGCCUAUUUGCGUAACACACUUUUAAUUUCAAGUUAGUUAUACCGUUAUCCAUAACCAGGUACCUAAAACCUUUUUUUCGUGAUAAACUGGUAAUAAAAUCAUUGUUGUAAAAUGA